AUGGGUAGACUCGUGGAAUGCGAGUUUUGCGAGCGACUCUACAGCGCCCAUUCAUUAAGUAUCCACCAGCCACAGUGCGCUGACAAUCCAAACAGCUCGCAGCGAAUUGCCGAUGUCAAAAAGCAAAUGGCCGACCACGCGAAGAGGAAAAAGAUGCGCCGCAGUCGCUCACAAGAAACUAGAAAACCGAAAGGAAACUCCACUUUUCGAGCUGAUGCUCCCGCUCAAACGAUGCAACACAAUAUUGGCCCGCUUCGGUUGUGCUAUGUUUGUGGUAACCCAUUCGAGCAAACGAAAUUAGCGGCGCACGAGGAAACCUGUCUAAUGGGUUGGACAAAGCGGACGCGUCAGCUUCCGGAAUGGAUGACGACACGGAGGCCACGUCCUCUAAACGUUCCGUCGAUCGAUGGUUCUGUAGAUAUUGUCAGACAGAAUGUGCACGCCAUCGAACAGAGCGGACGAGCUUCAAGGGUUGGUGUUCUAGGAGAAAACGAC